UUGUGGAGAGCCACAGGCGAGGUCCUUCAGACAGACUUCAUCAUGGCGGCCUCCAUAGUGAAGCUGUUGAAACCUUGGACACCGAGUCUGUAUCCGGUUCGGUGGAGCCGCUACAACCCGUACUACCUGGAACCAGAACCAUGUAAGGAUGUGUACUCGAUCCCGGAGUCAGAGCUCACCCCGGAACAGAGAGAGGAAAAAGAGCUGAAAACUCUCAGACCAAUUAAAGCUGCGACAUCCAGCAGCACCAGCUCACCGUUCGACGAUCCUGUCAUCAGUAAGUUCACCAACAUGAUCAUGCAGGACGGGGAUAAAGUUCUGGCUCGAGGAAUCAUGACGCAGACUCUGGAGAUGAUCAAGAGGAAGCAGGUGGAGAAAUACCACCGCGCUCCAGCAACCGACAGGGAGGCGAUGGAGUGUAACCCGUACGCCAUCUUCCACCAGGCCUUAGAGAACUGCAAACCCAUCAUCGGUCUGGCCAGCAUACAGAAAGGGGGGAAGUUCUACCAGGUUCCGGUCCCUCUGACGGACAACCGGCGGCGUUUCCUGGCCAUGAAGUGGAUUAUCACAGAGUGCAGAGAGAACAAGAACCGGCGGACGCGCAUGUACGAGAAGCUCUCGCAGGAACUGCUGGCCGCGUUCAACAACGAGGGGAGCGUCAUCAAGCGCAAACACGACCUGCACAAGAUGGCCGAGGCUAACCGGGCGUACGCGCACUACCGCUGGUGGUGAUGAGGUUUCGGAUUCUUUGUUGGACCGGUCAUGACGGGUGUUUGUGGUUGGACGAGCUUGUUUCUGUUCUGACUGACCUGCAGAUGCAGGAGAAGGGAAUGGGAUGAAUUAGAACCACGCUGGACUCUGUUUGAUUAAAUGUGAGACUCAAAUCAUCUCACAUACAAGGAGUGUUUGUUUUUUCUAUUUAAUUUUAACAGUUACAAUAAAUAAAAGAUUCAAA